ACACUGAGCAGAGCCAUGGGGACCCAACGCGGGGCCGCUGCCCGCCCCCACUCGAGGCACGGCGCGGACGGCCGGGACGGGUCGGGGUUCGAGGCCGGGGUCCCCGCGGUGACGUCACCGCCCGCGCGGCGUUGCCGGGCGACGGAGGCGCGGGGCCCUGACGUCAAGGCCCGAUGGCCGCCCGCCCGCCCGGCGGCAUGGAGGCGGCAGGGACGGGGCCAGGCCGCGGGCAGCGCUGAGAUGGACCUCAAGGGCCAGUACUGGACGGACGAUGACUCCGAUGGGGACAAUGAGUCCGAGGAGUUCCUCUAUGGGGUACAGGGGACCUGUGCUGCCGACCUGUACCGGCACCCACAGCUGGACGCCGACAUCGAGGCCGUGAAGGAGAUCUACAGCGAGAAUGCUGUGUCCGUCAGGGAGUAUGGGACCAUCGAUGAUGUGGACAUUGACCUCCAUGUGAACAUCAGCUUCCUCGAUGAGGAGGUGGCAACAGCCUGGAAGGUGCUUCGGACAGAGCCCAUCGUCCUGCGCCUGCGCUUCUCCCUCUCCCAGUACCUCGAUGGCCCGGAACCGUCCAUCGAGGUCUUCCAGCCAUCCAACAAGGAGGGCUUUGGGCUGGGGCUGCAGCUGAAGAAGAUUCUGGGCAUGUUCACAUCGCAGCAAUGGAAGCAUCUCAGCAACGACUUCCUGAAGACCCAGCAGGAGAAGCGGCACAGCUGGUUCAAAACGAGUGGCACCAUCAAGAAGUUCCGAGCCGGCCUCAGCAUCUUCUCCCCCAUCCCCAAGUCGCCCAGCUUCCCUGUCAUCCCAGACUCGGUGCUGAAGGGCAAGCUGGGUGCUCCCGAAGUGCGCGUCAACCGCCUGAUGAACCGCUCCGUCUCCUGCACAGUGAAGAACCCCAAGGGGGAGGUGUUUGGCUACACCCCCAGCACCCAGGCAGGUGUCGCCCCGUUCAACAUCCUGGUUGGUGGCCACUGUAAGAAUGUCCCCACGCUGGAGUACGGCUUCCUCGUCCAGAUCAUGAAGUACGCGGAGCAGCGCAUCCCGACGCUCAACGAGUACUGCGUGGUGUGUGAUGAGCAGCACGUCUUCCAGAACGGCUCCAUGCUCAAGCCGGCUGUGUGCACCCGUGAGCUGUGUGUCUUCUCCUUCUACACCCUGGGUGUGAUGUCCGGUGCAGCAGAAGAGGUGGCCACAGGAGCUGAGGUGGUGGACCUGCUGGUGGCCAUGUGCCGUGCUGCGCUGGAGUCCCCCCGCAAAAGCAUCAUCUUCGAGCCUUAUCCCUCCGUGGUGGACCCCAAUGACCCCAAAACACUUGCCUUCAACCCCAAGAAGAAGAACUAUGAGCGGCUGCAGAAGGCGCUGGACAGUGUGAUGUCCAUCCGGGAGAUGACCCAGGGCUCCUAUCUGGAGAUCAAGAAGCAGAUGGACAAGCUGGACCCGCUGGCACAUCCCCUUCUGCAGUGGAUCAUCUCCAGCAACAGAUCCCACAUUGUCAAGCUGCCUCUCAGCAGGCAGCUGAAGUUCAUGCACACCUCGCACCAGUUCCUCCUACUGAGCAGCCCCCCAGCCAAGGAGGCCCGGUUCCGCACCGCCAAGAAGCUCUACGGCAGCACUUUCGCUUUCCAUGGCUCUCACAUUGAGAACUGGCACUCCAUUCUGCGCAACGGGCUGGUCAACGCGUCCUACACCAAGCUGCAGGUACUGCUCGCCGAUGCCGGUUCUGGAUCCGGGCAGGUGGGGAGGGAUGUGGGCAGCCCCAGGGAUGCUGUGGCCGUGCCUCAUGCCCAGGCUGCUGUGGGUGCCGCGUUGCUCACCCCGGUGUUUUCCUGCAAGCUGCAUGGAGCAGCCUAUGGCAAGGGCAUCUAUCUGAGCCCCAUCUCCAGUAUUUCCUUUGGAUACUCAGGGAUGGGGAAAGGGCAGCACCGGAUGCCUUCAAAGGACGAGCUGGUGCAGAGGUACAACCGGAUGAACACCAUCCCCCAGUUAUCACCUCCAAGGACCUGCAGAAGCACGGCAACAUCUGGGUCUGCCCCGUGUCGGACCACGUCUGCACCCGCUUCUUCUUUGUGUGAGUGCCAGCACCACCUCUGCGCCCACACCCGCCCCGUGGGCACCGCUAACACUUUUCCCUCCAGGUACGAAGACGGCCAGGUGGGAGAUGCCAAUAUCAAUACUCAGGACCCCAAAAUCCAGAAGGAGAUCAUGCGUGUGAUCGGGACUCAGGUGUACACAAACUGAGCGGCGGGGGCCCUGCUGCGGGGUGCUGAGCGACGGCCCCGGCCAGGGACGGGCGCGUGGGGUUGGCAGCGGGUGGUGACAUGUGGGGACACCAGCGGGUGGCAGUGGGGCCGCAGCUCCUCCCUGUGCAUAGGUGAGCAGCGGGGAGCGGGCUGCCAGGUCCCUUGUCCCCUACACCCCAUCCCUGAGCCCGUGCUGGUGGCUGUCCCUCCUCGCGUUUGUGGCGAUGGCGUUUUUAUCGAUGAGAAACUGAAGCAAAAAAAACCCAACGGAACGCAUACAAACAAACAAACAAACAAACAAAAAACGAAAAAAAAAGAGGAAAGUGA